GUGUCCUAAGAGUAACUCGCCCAAACUUUGAAAAACCACUGAACAAGAGCGAUGUGUAUCUUACGACAUUCCAUGAAGGUAGGACUUAAUUAAGAUUUCAAGCAUGUGCUUGUCAUACUUAGGGGUCAGACAGUGAGUCAUUUGAAACAAUUUUUGAGGUGAAAUCCGAAAUUGCAAAUAGCUCCGUGUUAAUGGCCAAACUGCGAUAUGAUAAGAAGGGGAAUUAUUAAGAUAACCUCUUAGAACGAUACAUCCUUUACAAAUGCAACCAAAAAUAGCUACAUCUUGCGGAAAUGAAACAGAAGAAAAUUCCACGAAGCUAUAAUAGAGACCUAAAGCGAUCAAGACAGCAAUACUGAGGAAGACGUCGAUUGAAAGAAUUGAAUUUACAUUAGCAGUUAAUUUCGUGAGUGGCUGGAUGUGUCUACCGUCUCUUACGGUGCCACAUCUUAACUUCAACGUAAUGUAUCUCGGUGAGCGAAGUUAAGUUUCAAGUAGAAACUUAAAUAAUUUGCCAUGGGAUAUUCCGUUCUCGGCAGACCACGCAAAAUUUGGUGAUUCACCGGUUGUUGCUCUGCAUAGGGACGACCAAGAAAUGUACAGACGUUAAAAACGCACGUGCUGAGCCACUGUUUUGGCCAUCAGAUCUUUUGUUUUGCCACGUCCUCGUUGCCGAGGCUGUCGUGAUUUGCUCAAGGUCUCUAUAGUAUAUUUACUCAAAGAAAGCCUUCAGCUAAACACUCGCUGACUCAGACGUUGAUAACUGUUCGGAAAAAAAAUAUGACUCGGUAAAGUCGUCGCAAUAGGAAAUCGCGGCUUGAAACUCUGCAUUCUUCCUUGACGAACUACGUAUAUGUAGCGUAUAUGUUUGGAGUGUCGCCAUUAGGCGUUGCAUUCGAAAGAAAUAAACCUUGGCUGCAAAAAGACCACUAUGCUUGUUAUUUAAGAGAUUUUAAAGUGUUCUUUAUAAUGCGCUUAAAGCGAGUUAACCACUGUGGCACAUAAAACUAAGGAAACACCAGACCACAUCGCGAUCAUUGCUUGGCGGAAGAAAUCCGAAAAGGAAGUUAAGCAAGCAAAUAUCGACCAAAGCGCGAGUUUCUAUUGUAUUGCAAUACCGAUCCAUCAACGUUCAUGUUUUUUUAGACUUUUUUCAAGGUUGACCCACUGCCAACAUUAACUGCACGAGCUAGGGUUUGUGAAAUGGUAACACAGAACACUACUUGAAUUAUUUGUUAUUCUCAUCGCUUUAGAAGUUUAUAUCGUACAUAUAAGAAUCAAACUCUCUGAUAACAACAAAGAGGUGGCGUGUUCAACGCCUAAUAUGCAUUCAAGAGCCUACAUUUACGUGCCAUCAAAUCUUGAUUUUCGUAACUAUAUGGCAUUAUAUUGCAAUAUCUGUAGUAAAGUUUGAGCAUGGCUGUCUCCAGCUUAAUAUCGCCGGAUAUUCAGAUGUCCGGAUUAUGCAAACCUCGCAAUGAAAAAACCAACUUGUCCAGCGUUUGUCGCAAGAAGUUAGCGAAUGUUCUGCCUUUCCAAUAUCUAAGCUGCCGAUUAGAAUGGUAACGUUACAUACCUGAUUGCCUGAAAUUGGUAAAUUCGGGCAGAAUCCCUCGCGAAAUUUUCUUGCAAUCGAGUAAACAUUACAGAUUGAAAACAGAGUGGCUUUCAGUGGCCAAAAAUAGCACGUUUCUCUCCGCAAGUAAUAUGCAUGGUGCAUUAGCGAGCCAGCAAGGAGCCGAGAGAGACAGGCCUUAUCUUUUUCGUUGGCGAUACAACUAAAACUCAAGACAAAUAAAUGAGUGCACCUUUGACAGUGCCAGAAUUCAACCACUUAAGGUUUUUUCACUGACGCUGAGAGCUCUCCAACCCAUCAAAUUUCUGUCGUGAUUGUUAUCUUGAUAAUAUUCCAAUUAUAUGUUCGUUGUUAAAAAAGAUACAAUUACGUUUAGGCAUUUUGUCUGAUGUAGCUACCUUGUGCAUAAGCACUUUGUUAAGAACUUGUAAUGAAGUCUUGGGGAGGGGGGGGGAGGGUGAGGGUGGGGUGAUAUCUCAAGAGGUGAAAGAUUGGGUCAAGAAAGGGAAGGGAAGAUAUAGCAGCAAUAAAGAUAAUUGUUUUUAAGCUUAAUCAUUAUUAUCAAUCAAUAUCGACCUGUCCAGCAGGAUCAGCAAAUAAAUGUUUUUUGGGAGGUAACCAAUUCUAUACUCAUUUGUAUCAUUCCUUUGAUUUCUUUGGCAUUUUCUUCAAAAGAUGGUGAAUCAAAAACACAUAUGUCCUGUCUCUGUACAUUUUCUUGGAAGAUUUAUAUCUGGAAAGCCAAGGCUGUCAGCAGUUGCAAUCAGUUGACAUUAAUUAUCAGUCAUUCACUUCAUGCGAUUUCCCCUCUAAUGGGUGAAGUAAUGAACUUUUAAUGCAACCUAGAUCGUAUACUAAGACCUACGGAGACAGAGCAUUCGCUGUUCAUGCGCCAAGAGAACGGAACUUAAUACCCUAUAAAAUUCGAAAGUCUAACACCAUCUCAAUUUUUAAAAGACGUUCCUGUUCAGUUGAGACGUUCCUACUAUUUAAAACAAAUCUGUUUUCCCAAUAACUAUUGACCAUUAUCCAAGAACUUUUUAAAGAAAUUUUACCAAAUGUAUUAAUAACAGACCAUUAUUUUUAAAGAUUUAUAUAUAUAUUGCUUUAGAUUUAAUUUUCUUUUUUAACCAUUGUGAAUUUUAGCUAUGUUUAAGUAUGGUAUAAUAAGAUAUGGCUAGCUUUAGUUUUGUUUUUCUUUUUUAAUCAGUAUGAAUUUUAGCUAUGUUGAAGUAUCAUAUAGUAGGAUAUGGUUGUAAAUUUGUAAAUUUUUAUCAAUGUAUGAUUUUGUAUGAUUGUAAAGCACCUUGAGCAGAGGAUGCGAGCACUAUAUAGAUAAAGUUAUUAUUAUUAUUAUUAUUAUUAUUAUGUUUUAGAAGUAUAUUCAUUGAAAUAAGCUAUUCCCUUCCUUCCUCAUCUUUUUUUUACCACAGGUCCUUCUUCUUAUCUGUCAACUGCCCUUGCUCACAAUACAGGACGACGACAAGUGCCAAGCGAUCACAAUGGCUGAAGCUAAGGACCAUCUAAGGCUAAAUGGUGGGGGGCCUUUGGGAGCAUUUAACAAAAACUACAUGGCCUUUACACUAGACGAAGUGAAAAGAAACUUCAAAAACCUGAUCACCAUGCAGCCAGGAAACUUCUCGGCUUUGGCCACCUGGGCUCCUUUAAGUUUCCCCGCCUCUUUAGGAAUAGGAGAAUGCAUGAAAGAUUCAGGAAACUGCGAAGGGUGCGCCGUCGUAACAGACCGCGGCGUGAACUUUUAUCCGCGCUACGUAAACGAGGUCAAUUGCAAGAGCUUAGGCAACCUUUGCGGGCAGAAUAAUCCUGGAACAUGCGAAGCAACAGUUAUGACGCAGAAGUUCUUCAAAGACCACGGUGCUCAAGGGACCUGCAAUAAGGAUUUGCAAUUGGAUUUUUAUGACAUGAAAAUGUGUUGUCAAUGUAUCUUGCUCUGAUGCAAUGGCAAGUGAAAACUUGGUCAAGUGACUCUUCCAACCAACCAAUCGGGUUUAUCGAGUACGAACUUCUGCCAUUUUCUUGGCUGCAAUCUUUGACAAAUUUGUACCGUAAAGUAGGUAAUAGAAGUUAGAGUGAUUCCGAUGGUCGUAGUAAAAAGAAGUUUCCAAUCUCUUGCAUACAAAAUGAUUAGUUUUACAUGUGUAUUGUCUUUUGAACCUGUCCUCUCUCGUCCAGGCAAAGAAAAAACGCGGGUGGAAACUAAGUUCGUGUUGAGUUUUACCAGUAUCAGUGUAACGUAACAACAGAAUGAAAAUUACUAACGUUAAACGAAAUGGUAUUUGUUUGUUUGAGUUGAUACUAAGUUACUAAUGACGGUUUUACUUAGUUAUUUGGACAGCAAGAAUUUGAUAAUCAUCAUUAAAAAGUAAAAUGUUAUACCUCG